UGCCUUCAGGAGACCCGGUGGAAAUCGAAUGGUGUCUGUCAUAUCAACUCAGAGAAUGAAAAAUAUAAACUAUUCUCGAAUGGUCAAAAGAAGGCCAAAAAUGGUGUUGGAAUUUUUGUCAAAGAACCGCUAGCCCAAGAAGUACUGGAUAUUAAAAGGAUUAAUUCACGUCUCAUGUGGAUCAAGCUUCGCCUAAAAAAUCAAACAAUGACUAUUUUUUCUGCAUACGCACCACAGACAGGCGAAUCAAAAGGGAUGAAAAAUGACUUAUGGGCUGCGUUCUUUGACACCAUCUCAACAAUACCAAAAUCUGAAACAAUCCUGAUUGGAGACGAUCUGUAUGGUCACGUUGGAGAGAAAACAGAUGGUUUUGACAACGUACAUGGCGGUUUUGGCUAUGGGGAACGGAAUAAAGAAGGCAACCGCAUUCUUGAGUUUACUGAAAGUCACGGGUUUUGUUUACUGAACACAUAUUUUAGAGAGAGGUUGGAACAUCUCAUAAGAUAA